CAAUUUCAAAUUGCUUUCCUUCCUUCCCAAUUCCCAUGGCUACUAUGUUUCGGAAGGCGGCAUCUCUUCCCGUUUCUCAUUCAAACAUCGAUGAUCAAUCUUCAAUGGCUGCCGGCAUGCGACGGAGACUCUCCUCCAUGUCUUUACGCAUCCAGCCCUCUGCCAUCUCUGGCACCACCACUGCCGCAACCGCAUGGGCGAUGCGCCGCUCUAAAUCCGUUUCAUCCAUGGGUGAAUCCGCAUCUACCUCCAUCAGGAGCUGGUGGGAUUGGGGAUGGGGAUGGAUCCUCUCCAGGAAACCCCUAUUCGCACAGGAUCUGGAGUUCAACCAAGACGAAACCUCCUUUCUCAGUUCACAUGACAAAGGCAGCUGGAAACACGUCAUCUUCAAGCUCAGAUCCGAGAUUCGAAAACUCGUCAGAUCCGAUCAAAACGGCCUCCCGCAGAGCGUCCGUUACAACUCCUAGGGCAACAGCAAGGGCAUGUGACUGUGUGUGAGCCUGAGGUAUUAUAUUGUAUGUAUGAAAUUACUUUCAUAUCAUAUCAUCCUCAUCAUCAUUGUUAGAUAGACAAGGAAAAGGAAGAUUCAAUGCGCCAUGGCGGUGCCGGUGGUAGUUUGUUUUCCGAUCUGAAAUUCUGGACGUCGGUGGGAAUACUAGUUUGUUGUUGAUGUGAACUUUCUAAUUCUUUGUUCAAUAUAUGUAUAUCAAAUUAUUUAUUGUAUUAUUUCAUCAAAUUGCUUGAUUAUGCUAAAUAAAUUCAAUUUCUUUGGCU